CGGGGCUUUGCCCGGCAGUGAGGACAGCCUCGCAGGCCCACUCUCUCCGCCCCCCGACCGCGCGUGAAUCCCAGCUCCAUUUCCCAGGCCGCUGCGCCCCUGCAGCCCUCGCCACCCCGCUCUCUCAGGCUCUUUGGGAUCCAAGCUUGUAGGCCUUUAAGGGGUCUAGUUGCCCUUUGCGGGGUCCUGGGACUUUGGUCCUAGACAGUGGGGAUCGGGAUGGCUUCUGUGCGGAUCCGAGAGGCCAAGGAGGGAGACUGUGGAGAUAUCCUGAGGCUGAUUCGGGAACUAGCCGAGUUCGAAAAACUCUUGGAUCAGGUGAAGAUCAGUGAAGAAGCCCUGAGAGCAGAUGGCUUUGGAGAGAAUCCUUUCUAUCACUGUUUGGUAGCAGAGAUUCUUCCAGCGCCCGGGGAGUCACUGGGACCCUGCGUGGUGGGCUAUGGGCUAUACUACUUCAUCUACAGCACAUGGAAGGGACGCACCAUUUAUCUGGAAGAUGUCUAUGUGAUGCCAGAAUAUCGGGGUCAAGGGAUUGGUUCCAAAAUAAUCAAAAAGGUGGCUGAGGUGGCCCUGGAUAAGAGCUGCUCCCAGUUCCGUCUGGCUGUCCUGAACUGGAACCAGAAGGCCAUAGACUUGUAUAAGGCCCUAGGAGCCCAAGAUCUGACAGAAGCUGAGGGCUGGCACUCCUUCCGCUUUGAAGAAGAGGCAAUGAGAAAGUUGGCAGGAAAAUGACGCCAUCCCUAGGGGGUGUCUCUUUUGAGUUUCUCCUUCCCCACCCCACCAGCUCAAGCACUCUUCAGAGACUAUUUCCACAGACACUGACGUUGAGGCCUCCCUGGAGGAAGGAGCGUUAGGGGUGCCUAUCCUCAAGUAGUGGAAUAGCAAAAUUGAAGGAGAGACCUUUCUUCCUUUUUGAGGGUGAAAAAUAAAUAAUAAUUACAUGUCCUGA